AUGUCGAAUCCGGGUUACAACGCGUUGCAGAGCUCUGGCUCCAACGCACCUCCACCUAGACGCUAUGAUGGUAGUGACGGCGGUUCCAAAUAUGAAACCAUGCAUGGAGGACACUAUGGUGCCAGCUCUGCUAUUGCAGCGCGCGGUGACGCACCUCCACCAGAGACAUUUACUGGACAAUGGUCGAACGUAUCCCAGGGACUUUCCGGCAACUACAGGGACAUCUUGAACACAUACUGGCAGAAUCAGGUCACGAAGCUCGAGACGGACGAACACGACUACAAGAUCCACCAACUACCACUUGCUCGUAUCAAGAAGGUCAUGAAGGCGGACCCCGAAGUCAAGAUGAUCUCGGCCGAAGCACCCAUACUGUUCGCAAAGGGUUGCGACAUCUUCAUCACAGAGCUGACCAUGCGCGCAUGGAUCCACGCAGAGGAGAACAAGAGACGCACUUUACAACGCAGCGACAUAGCUAGUGCCUUGGCCAAAAGCGACAUGUUUGACUUCCUCAUCGACAUUGUGCCUCGCGAAGACGCCACUCCUCAACACAAGCGCAGACAGGAUUUCCCACCGGGCAGCUUCCCAGGCCAGGACGCACAGAUUGCUACUGCUGGACCUUCUAUGCAGGCUCCGCCCGCAGCAGCACAGCUUCAGAGUCAGGAACAGGCACAGCAGCACAUGCAGCCCACAGACUAUGGUGCCAUGGGCCAGCACGUGGCACAAGAGCCCUACCAGACGCAGACGGGCAUGUAUCCUCCUGCACCACCGGCCGGCUACGCACAGCCUCACAGUUUCGACCCUAACAUGUAUGCUGGCGGCUAUAGUAUGUUGCAGCAACCCCAAAUGUAUCCACCACAGGGACCUAGAAUGUCAGACCCUUCAAUGAGCGGAAACGACGGCCAGCACCAUUAUCGUGCACCUGAGGACGAUGCAGAGGGCGAGAGAGACCAGUACGAGGUAUAG